GAGGGAAUGUCCUAAAUCUUAAAUUUGGAAUGGUUUUAAAUUUGAGAUGUUAUUAUAAAAUGAUGGAAUUCAACCCCCAUUUUUGUGCAAGAAACUUCAUCCAUUAUACUACUUUUUCUAAUGGCCAAAAACAUUGAUAGUAAAAGUGUCGGUGGAAAGACCGCCGAUGUGGUUGUGGUUAUGGUUCCACUUCCAGCUCAAGGCCAUCUUAACCAGCUCCUCCACCUCUCCCACAUUAUAUCCGGCUACGGUUUACCCGUCCACUUCAUCGGAACUUCGAGCCGGAACCGCCAAGCUCAGGUUCGCCUCCAUGGAUGGGAUCCAAAAAUCACUUCAAAGAUCCAAUUCCACAAUUUCUUAACACCGCCAAAUCCACCAAACCCGAAGAGCACCACCAAUAAAGUCCCCACACAACUGAUCCAUUCCUCUCUCGCAACGUUUCGUCUCCGGGAACCCAUUUUCGAAUUGGUUAAGAAUCUGUCAAGCAUUUCAAACAGAGUGGUGGUAAUUUACGAUUUCCUCAUGACCUACCCAAUCCAGGAUGUUCAUUCCAUACCAAAUGCAGAGCUUUACUGCUUCCAAUGCGUGUCGGCUUUUACAGCUUACACUUACAUUUGGGAAAUGGCCGGAAAGCCGGUGAUGAUUGAUGGAGAAGCAUUGAAAGACAUCUUGCCCUGUCGCCAGGGAGUCCUUUUCAGCCCUGAACUCGAUGAAUUUGUGCAAAUUCAAAGUCGAUCGAGGAAACUUAGUGCGGGGAUAAUUUUCAACACUAGCAGAGUCAUUGAAGGCGAAUUUGUUAACGUAAUGGCAAAAGAGGGACACCAUUCCGCUGAAAAGCAUUGGGCAAUCGGUCCAUUUAAUCCUCUGGACGUAAAUAAAAGAAGAAGAUCAGAAUCUGAAAAAUCCCAUAAAUGCUUAGAAUGGAUUGAUAAGCAACCUACCAAUUCUGUUAUCCUUGUUUCUUUUGGGACCACAACUUCGUUAUCCGACAAAGAAAUUGAGGAAAUCGCAAUCGGGUUGGUGAACAGCGGGGCGAAAUUCAUCUGGGUUUUAAUGGACGCGGACAGAGGAGAAGUUGUUGUGGGGGAACACAGGGGAUCCAAUUUGCCGGAAGGAUAUGAAGAGAGAAUAAUUAAAGAAGGAAAAGGAUUGAUCCUAAGGGAUUGGGCACCCCAAUUGGAAAUCUUGGCCCAUUCAUCAACUGGAGGAUUCAUGAGUCAUUGCGGGUGGAAUUCGUGCAUUGAGAGUAUCAGUUACGGGGUUCCGAUGGCGGCGUGGCCGAUGCAUUCCGACCAGCCGAGAAAUGCAAUUCUGGUGACUAAAUACCUUAAGAUCGGAAUAAGGGUCGGAGAUUGGGGGCACGAAGGUGAAUUAGUCAAAGCAGAUGAGGUUGAAAGGGUUGUGAAGAAAUUGAUGGACUCAAAAGAGGGAGAUCAAAUGAGGAAGAAAGCAGCAAAGUUAAGGGAUACGAUAAAGAAAUCGGUGGAGAAGGGCGGCGAUGAUGAUGAUGAUGAGGCUAUCGGAACUGAGAUGGAUGCUUUCAUUGCUCACCUUUCUCGGUAGAUUUCUGCUCUUUCUUUUCAAAUUCUACCAAUAACAAUCAUCACCUGAUUCUUAGAGUGGGAAAUAAAGAUGCCAGGAACAAAUAUUAGUUGUCAAGCAAAAUUCUCAAGCACAUUAUAUAGUAAUCAAUAAAAUAUGGGAAUGACUAUAACUUUGCCGAGUUGAUGGUCUCCGAUUACAGUUAAAGAAUCAUGAUUGGAGGACUGAAGGGUUUCAACAAGGGAUUUGAUAGUGGUGCCAUUUUUUUCCUCCUCGAAGGCCUUGUUGGUUCGAGAGGAUGUGUCGUGUUACUCAUUUCUUUAACGGGCAAAUAAAUUAUUCUGACGCAUAGGAAAAAAGGAAUGAGUUUUCUUAUUUUAUUUUGAAUAAAUUUCACGAUUUACUUGAAAUUAAAUUACUCCACAGCUCUUCAAUUUUCUGCACAAUCAUCUCUCGAG